GGAAAGGUGGGGGGCUGGGCACGGCGUGCGGCGGCGGCGGUGCUGGCAGCCGGACCCGUCCCCCGCCACGUCGCCCUGUGCAUGGACGGCAACAGGCGCUACGCCCAGGCCCGCCACAUGCGCCAGGUGGAGGGCCACACGUUUGGCUACCGCCGCCUGAUUGACGCACUGGAGUGGUGUCUGGAGCUGGGGGUGCGCUACGUCAGCGUCUAUGCCUUCUCCAUCGACAACUACCGCCGCUGCGGCGAGGAGGUGGACACUCUGAUGGCAUUGGCCGAAGAGAAGCUGGCGCACAUGCUGCAGGAGUAUGACGUGCUGGUGAGGCAUGGCGUGCAGGUGCGUGUUGUGGGCGACCUGAGCCUCGCACCGGCAGCGGUGCAGGUGGCUGCGACACGUAUCAUGGAAGCCACCGCUCAACAUGACCGGGCUGUGCUCAACCUGUGCUUCUCAUACACGGCAUCGGAGGAGCUCCAGCGAGCGCUAGAUGACCUUGCUGCUCACCCAGCGCCCAGCAGCAGCAGUGGCAGUGGCUCUUUGACGGCAGCAGGCCUGGAUGGCCAGCUGUACACACGUGGCUGCCCGCCGGUGGACCUGCUGGUGCGCACCAGCGGCGAGACGCGCCUCUCCGACUUCCUGCUGUGGCAGUGCCGCCACGCGCUGCUGGUGUUCACCCCGGUGUUGUGGCCCGACUUUGGCUUCUUGGACCUGGUUGCUGCCGUGCUGGAGUUCCAGCGGCAUGCGCCCCGCUUGCAGCGCCUGCGC